UCCAAACCCAUACUAUUUCGGUUUGGGUAAUGAGUUUGGGUUUGGGUCUGAGUUUAGUACCCAAAUCCCUAAAUAGUUUGCGCUUUUCUAAUCUGUAGAAGAAACUAUUUUGGAUCCAUUGAUGGCAAUUAAAAGCAGAUUCAAACCCAAACUCUCAGACGGUUUAGAUUUGGCUCAUGUCUACUCCUAACCACCGUCCGGUUACGCAUCUAGAUGAAGGUUUAGUUAUGAUAACAAUUUCUUCUGUAUUUUAUAUAUGUUCUUAAUUAGUAAAUAAUUUCUUUAGAUCUGAUCGUUUAACAUGUUCAACAAUAGAUAAUUUUCAAUCAGUACAAAAUCUUUUCGAACGAUUUGAACAUUAUUUUCAUUCAUCUCGUAUAUUGUUUCGAACAUGUCAAGAAAAACAUCCAAUAACAGCUGAUAUAUGUUUAAAAAUUAAUAGUUAUUUCUUAUUUGAUUUCUUUAUUGGAAUUCUUCUAACAAAUCGUUCAUAUUAUAAUAAUUUAAAAACAUUUAUUAAAAAGCUUGGUGAAGAGCCAUCAAUAAUUCGUUCAAUACAUACACAUUUAACAUCAAAUAUAUCAUUUGUUAAUAAAUAUGCUCAACAUAUAUUUCGAUUUUCUGUUGCAAUAUUUCAACAAUUAUCUUUUGGAAAUUUUCCAACAACAAUAACAACAAACAAUUCAUUAUCAUCAACAAAUCUUAUACAUUUACAAAUAGGUUUACAAUUAGCUGUUAUGCUUAUUGAUUUACUUUUUUCUGUUAGCCAUGAUAUUAAACAUAUACCUGAUUUUCAUGAACAAAUUAUAAGUGGACUUGUUCGUAUGGCAAUUAUAUUUCAAAAUCGUUAUUUACAACGAUUACAAAUACUUAAAUUAUUGAAACGUUUUUGUUAUCGAUAUAAAACAAAAAUGUUAACAUGCGAAUCAUAUUUAAAAAAUUUAUUCGAAUAUAUUGAUGUAUUUCGUGGUGAUCAUCUUCGUCUUGUUUUUUCAAUUCUAGCUUCGAUGUAUAAUACUGGUGUAUAUAAUGAUUUAAAUAUGUUUGUUACAAAAUGUUUAAUUCAACCACAUAAAGAAAAAGCUCGUGGUGUUUUUGGUGCAAUCGAAAUUUUUCGUUCAUUACUUCUUAGACAUGUAGCAGAUUUAGCACAAGCACCAAAUAAUAGUAAUACACGUCUUGAUGGAAAAACAUCAAAUCAUGAAAAUGAAUUAAAAGAUCUUCUUGGUCUUGUCCAAUCAUCUGGCAUGCAAUGUCCUCAAACAUUAGCACUUUUCUAUGAUGAAUUAGCUACAAUUCUUGGUUCAGCUAAUGCUAAACAAUUUCAACAACAACAUAGUUCAACAUCUUCACAAAUCGAUACACAAUCUCUUAAUUGGUUUGCUAUUUCAGCAGCUGAUAUGUUUCAAGAAGCAUUUCUUAAUGAUAGUAAUAUAUCAUUAACAUCAAAUUCAUUGGAUACCAAUCGUUUUCCUCAACAAACACGUAUUGUUUAUAAUUUUGACGGGCAAAUACCAAAUGCAUCAGUGUUAAAUCUAGCAAAUAUUAUUUCAAAAUAUCAUCAAUAUCGAACAAUGAGUGAUACAAGUUCAUCACCCAUAUUAUUAGCACCGAUGCUUCGUUUAAUCGUUCUAGCAUCAUGGUCAAAUAUAGAUCAAGUUGAUGCUGUUCUUCAAUGUUCAUUACGUAUACCUGAUAUAAAUUUAUCGAAUGACAUUGAUAUUGAUGUACCAAGAUCUUUAGAAACUUAUCGUGAUAAACUAAAAGAAUUAUCAAAUUUAUCAUUGAAUAUAUUAUGUGAUGUUUAUUAUUAUGCAAGUCGAUUAUUUCGUGAAAUAUGUAAUUUACUUUCAUCAACAACUAAUCAAAAUGAAUUAUUAAUAUCAACUCGACUUGAACAAUUAACAGAUAUUGAAGAACAUUUUUCUAUUUGUGUACAAAUAUGUCGACAACAAUAUGGAUUUUAUGAACCAAUUUGUUCAAAUAUGGAAAGAAAUCCUAUGAAAAAAAUUACGAAAAAAUCUACAACAACAACAAAUAAAACAAAAGUAUCUAAACAACAAGGAACAAAACGAUCUAUUCCAAUUACAGAAGAUGAAGAAGAUGAAGAAAGUAAAAGUGAAGAUGAAGAAAAUACGAAUAAGAAAAAACCUCGAACAACAGCAACAAUAUCAAAACCAAAAGUUAAACCCAAACUUAAAUCAAAACAAUCCUCAAUAUUUGAUAUAUAUGAAUUUGAUAUACGUCCUCUUGAAUAUGUUACAUUUCCAUAUAUAACAAAAUAUCUUGAACGUUUACCAAAAAGUACAGGUAAACAACGUUUAACUAUUCUUCGUUGUGUAUCGACAUUAAUGGGUGAUCUUCAUCGUUUAUUAACAAAUAAUCAUUCUUCAAUUUCAUCAAUUGGUGUCAUAAAAAAACGUUUUCAUACUCAUACAGCACCAACAACAUUACAAACACAACAAAUACGUGUUGAUAAUGAUGAUAUAAAUGAAGAUUAUGAUGAAAAUAAUGAUGAUAAACUUGAUUUUAUGACAUUAGAAUAUUUUGAAAUAUUUUUAAUACAAGUUAUACAUACAAUGAAAUAUAUUCAUAUGUUUAUGAGUCCAACAAAUACGGAUAAUACAACUCAAUUAAUGGAUACAGAUGACGAUGAUGCUGAUAUGAAUUGUUUAAUCGAUCGUGAUCAAAGUCGUGAUUUAGCUAGUCAUGCAUUUUAUUAUGCACUUGAUAGUUUCUAUUUUCUAUUAAGUUUAUUCAAAGUUAAACAAUCAAAUUGGCAAAAAGAUCUGGAUAAAGAUACAACAUGUUUAAGUCGUUUAAUUAAUCUUAUUGGCAACCAUAUAUUACCAACAAAGAAAACGACUAGUAAAAAACCAGAAGAAGAAGAAAAUGAACGAAUUCGAAUAUUUAAGAAAUUUUUUUCAUUGGCUGAUAUACUUAGUUUAAUUGAUAUAACUCGUCUUUGUCAAUCAUUAGAAUUAUUUAUUCAAUUAUUUGAUGAAGAAACACAUCAAGAUGAAUUAUACAAAAUUUAUACUAGUAAAUGUCGACAAUUUUUAGAAGAAUGUAAUCUUGAUACAAAUUCAAGUACAGUUAUCUCAUUUUCAAAAAUAACAUCAAUUCGAGCAAUUGAAACUCUUCUUAAUCUUUACUUACUUCAUCUUGAAUCAGAUGAAAUAACUGCUGUUAUUGUUGGAUUAAUUGAUUAUUCAUUAAAAAUUUUUACACGAGCUCAUAAAGGUUUAAAUGAUGAUAAUGAAAAUCUCGAUGAUGAUACAUCAGAAAAUACAAUUGUUGAUCUAUCAACAUGGAAUAUGAAAUCAACAUUUAUUAUCUAUUUUCGUUCUCUUUUUAAACAUUUUAUUAUUAAAGCUCGAUCGAUUAGAUUACCAAAUGAAUCAAAGAAAAAAGCUGAACUUGAAAAUACCUGUGCAGAAUGGUUAGAACUUAAUGAAUUAUUUCGAAAAUUUGUAUCAUUUGUUGCUAUCGAUCAAAUAUAUGCAAAAAAUGUUAUGGUUGUUUCAACUGUUCUUCGUUGUUCAAAACAAUAUAUUGAUGUAUUUCGAGCGCGUGCAAUGCCAACAUUAGAUCUUUAUUUUCUACAUGAUACAUAUGGAACAAAACAAUUAUUAACUGUUUUACAAAAAUCAACUCGAUUGUUACAAUCACUUUGUAAUAUGGUUAAAAAAGAUCAAAAACAUAUGUCAUGUAUACGUCUUGUACCAGCAUUAAAACGUACACUUGAAAUGCUUAUGUGUCGAGCUAAAGUUAUGGUAGAUGUUAAUAAUUGUCCAGCAAAUGUAUUUUGUAUUGGUCAACUUAAAGCAAAAGAUUUAAAAGGAAAUGAAUUAAGUGAUAUUACCUAUCGUCAACAACAAGAAGAAAAUGACAAUGAAAGUUCUAUAAUUACUGAUGACGAUUCAAAUGAUGUACAACCAGAUCAAGAUGAAGAAGAUGACGAAGAAGAGGAAGAACAAGAAGGAGACGAAGAAUGA